CGAGCCGAGCCGUGCCGAGCCGAGCCGAGCCGAGCCGUGCCGUGCCGUGCCGAGCCGUGCCGAGCCGUGCCGAGCCGUGCCGAGCCGUGCCGAGCCGUGCCGUGCCGUGCCGUGCCGUGCCGUGCCGAGCCGAGCCGUGCCGUGCCGAGCCGUGCCGAGCCGUGCCGUGCCGUGCCGUGCCGUGCCGUGCCGUGCCGAGCCGUGCCGAGCCGAGCCGAGCCAGGCGUUGGUUCCGCCGUGCCCCGACCCGCCGUGCAUGGCCCUCCGCGGGUAGCCGCGCCGCCGGACCGGGUGGAUGCUUGAGAGUGGAGGAUCAGGUACAAGUAUCUGGGACCGGUGGAAUGGAGGCCUGAUGUAGAUGGAAAGAUGGAUGAAGAAGAAGCUCUGAACUCUAUUAUGAAGGAUUUGGCAGCGUUGGGCAAAUGUGGGGGGCUGCUGGACAACAACAGGAAUAAAAACAGUGUCCACUCCAGCAAACAGCAGCGAAAUGUCAGGAUCAAGUUUGAAUAUGAAGGAGAGAAAAGGAUUAUCCAGUUUCCAAGACCAGUCAAAUUCAAAGAAGUGGUGCAGAAGGUCACGGAUGCUUUUGGACAGACGAUGGACUUAGUCUGUGUGAACAACGAGCUCCUGAUCCCACUGAAAUCCCAGGAAGAUUUGGACAAGGCGAUGGAACAGUUGGAGCUGAGCCCUUCCCUGAAGAGCCUGCGGAUCCUCGUGAGCGCUCCAAAGAAAGCGAAUCUCCUCCAGCCAAACAACAGUAAACAGCAUGAAAUGAGGAUCUCCAGAUCCAUGGGUGAUAUCAUGGGAUCCCUGUACAAGGACUCUGAGAGGACGCGGAAGUAUUCAACAGGCUCUCUGCACACUGGCCGGAGCUCUCCGCCCCCGGGGAGCGUUCCUGAAGAGCAGCAGCAGAUUGCUCGCCAGGGAUCCUAUACCAGCAUCAACAGCGAGGGCGAGUUCAUCCCCGAGACCAUGGAUCAGAAUAUGCUUGAAGCUUUCAUCAGCCCCGAUGAGUCACUGUCUGGGAGCUGCCAGUCCCUGGACAGAUCUGUGGACAGCCCUCCCUUUACCCAAACGCCUGUUCCUGGAAGGAAGAGCCAUCCCAAAAACAGUCUUGAUUGCAUGGAUUUCGACAUCCCAUUCUGUGAGAGGUUUGGGAAAGGUGGGACGUUCCCGAGGCAGUACCACCUCUCCCAAAGUCGCAAGGACUACAGCGAUGGCCGGAGGACUUUCCCCAGGAGUUAUUUCCCACAGGAGAACCUGUUUCAGCUUGUCCCCUCUAGCCGAACCAAGAGCUUUAAUGGGGACAGCAAGCUCAGCACCUUGCAGUACGACGAGUACAGGCCCAAAUGGUGGAACAAUUGUGAAAAAAGUCUGCAGGUCUUCAGCACCUCCCCUACAAAAGCUAGGAACUCCCUGCAGGCACCUGUGAACUGGAGGCUGGGGAAGCUGCUCGGAAGAGGAGCUUUUGGGGAAGUUUAUCUCUGCUACGAUGCCGACACUGGCCGGGAGCUGUCAGUGAAACAGGUGCCUUUUGACCCCGACAGCCAAGAGACAAGUAAAGAGGUGAAUGCCUUAGAAUGUGAGAUUCAGCUGUUGAAGACUCUCCGUCAUGACAGGAUAGUGCAGUACUAUGGGUGCUUGCGGGAUCCUGAGGAGAAGAAACUGUCUAUCUUUGUUGAAUACAUGCCAGGGGGCUCCAUAAAGGACCAGCUAAAAGCUUACGGUGCUCUGACUGAGAACGUCACACGGAAGUACACAAGGCAGAUCCUGCAGGGAGUCUUCUACUUACACAGCAAUAUGAUUGUCCACAGGGACAUUAAAGGUGCCAAUAUUUUGAGAGAUUCUGCUGGAAAUGUGAAGCUUGGAGAUUUUGGGGCCAGCAAACGCAUCCAGACCAUCUGCAUGUCUGGGACUGGGAUUAAGUCUGUCACAGGAACACCAUACUGGAUGAGCCCAGAGGUUAUCAGUGGAGAAGGCUACGGAAGGAAAGCUGACGUGUGGAGCGUGGCCUGCACCGUGGUGGAGAUGUUAACGGAGAAACCGCCGUGGGCCGAGUUUGAAGCCAUGGCGGCUAUUUUUAAAAUCGCCACCCAGCCGACCAACCCCCAGCUCCCCGACGGUGUCUCGAACUCCUGCCGCAACUUCCUCAAGCAGAUCUUCGUGGAGGAGAAGCGGAGGCCAACGGCCGAGGACCUGCUGAGACACCCCUUCGUCAACUGCGGGCUCUGAGCCCCUGGCAGCGGGGAUGGGGAAAGGCCAGCGGGAGGGGGGCGGCCGCCAGACCCGCGGCCUUUUGCGCUCUGCGGUUCGGACCUCCGCCCUGGGCUGUCCUGGCGGUGGCCCCCGCGGGUCCCUUCUUGCUCGGCACCGGCUCGGCACCCGCCACGUCGUUGGAUUUCUAAGCUGCGCUCGGGACCGUCGGCACCGGGAAUUCAGAGCAAGGGAUUUCCCGGACUGUGCGGGUGCUGGCCCAGGACCAAGUAACCUUCUUGCCGCCAGCGAUGUUGGGGUCACCCCCCCUCGCCACGUUACUUAUCUCUUGGGGCAAGUGCGGGGAAUGGGAUCUGUCCCCCCCAGCACGACAGCAACACUGGCAGCAUCCCCUGGAGCAGCGGAGAAAUAAGAUGCUCGGUGCUGAUCACCACCUUUCACAGGGGAACAGACACGGGCUUCAGCCAAGCCAGAGGAGAUGAUCCUCAGACCACAGAGUCGGGGGGACCCAGGUGUCCCCGUUCACAAGGGGACUGAACCCUCCUGGAGGUCGCGGGAUCAGCCAGCGUCUCCAGCGGGGCGGCAUUUAAUACUGUUCCGUGCCUUAAGCGGUUACAAUCAAGGAGUGAUGCUCGACUCGGCACAAAGCACGGAGUCAGGCUCAGCGAUGCAGCAGCCGUGUUGAUGUUGCCUUUGUGCAUGUGUGUGUGUGCGCGUGUGUGCGAAUCUUGGAAGAAGGGGUCUUCUCGGGGCGCAGGAGGUCUCUGCGGGGUACACCCACAGACGGAUGCCUGGGACCUCUGCCACGGCCGUGGAGAGGGAUGUUUAAAAGCUGUCGAUGCCUGCAGCGAGCAGGGCUGAGCACCAGCCAGUUUGUUCUGGGAACCAUCAGGAUUCAGGUGGGAGCUGGAGGGGUUCUUGGCGAGGGCGGCUCUCUGCUCAUAGCCGUAGCCCUGCUAACCCGUGCCCACGCUGCUAUGCUGGGGCUGGAGGGAUGCCAGCGCGUUUUGGAAGCGGGGCUGCAGGAGGAGCCCAGUAGGUCUCUGUAAAACCCAAGCGGGUGCCUAAAAUUAGGCAGUUUGAAGCUGUAGGAGAAAAUGGGCCAGCUGAAAGCAGAGUUGGGCUUACAGACUCUUUGACCAGCACUAUCCUGCUGGAAAACCUUGGCAGGGAGCACGCACAGAGUCCCUGGAAGCUAAUUAAUUAAUCAGAUCUUGGUUAUUUUGGACAAAUUAAUUGCAUCAUCCCACCUCCCCCUUCCCUGCUGCAUUAGCUAUUUCCACCUGGCUCAGCAGAGGGUUAAAUAAGCAGUCACUGGGAGGUUUCCAUCUUCAGGCCAGUGUGUCAAACACAGGCUUAUUUUAAUAUUGUUUUUAAUUGAAAAAUGGAAAGCGUUGCUUGGGCUGAAGAGGAAGUUGAGAAAUCGGUUGUUCGUGUGACUUUGUACAUCCUUGAACCCUUCUGCGUGGAAGAGAUCGAGACUUUGCACCACUGGUGGGGCGGUGGGAGCGUUUCCUUGUCCACAGCUCCAAAAAGAGAAGUAAAAAUUAGAGUUAUUUCAGUUUAAAAACAAACAAACAAACAAACAAACAAAACUGGUAGUGUUAGGGCAAAUUAAAAGAAACAGCUAAAAGGAUUCCCUGUAAAUUUGCCUGCAAAGCUGCGCAGGGCAGUUAUUUCCCAGGCUGGGCUCUGGUGAAGCCGGGGGCUGCGGUGGGGCGGCACCGGGCGUUCGUGCCAGUCGACCACAGCGGUGAUGGGCAGCUCUCCUCUGGGGGGGACAAAGUCGUCCCCUUCCUCCCGGGGGGGAAUGAAGAAUUUUAUUCUGUGAAUAGAACCAAAUCCAUCAGUCUGUUCAGUGGGAUGGGAUGGAUGGAAAAAAAUAUAUUAAAAAAAAUCAGUGUUGGCUGGGAAGGGUUUUGUGAGAAGAGGGUAACAAAGUGUGUUCUCCCUAAAGCUAAAAAAACCCACCCGUUUUUAAGCUGUUUUCUCCUCUUUCACUGAAUCUGUUCGGUUUUGGUUUUUCUCAGCCCUUCAGCGGCGGGUGGGUGUUCUUUCCUUCUUCCCAAAGCCUUGCGAGCAAAGCGGGGUUCCUGGCCCUGGGCUGGGGCUGCCCCAAAACGCUCCCAAGGCGCCCAGAUCACCCCAAUCCUCCCGCGGGUGGAUGCGGCUCGCGUGUGCGUGUGCGUGUGUGCACACGGGUGUGUGCACUGUGCGUGUGCGACUCGCUCCUCAGGUGCCUUUGCCUUUUUAUUUUUUAAAACCCUUGCAGUGUUCUGAUGUACAGAAUGAAACUCGGAAAAGAGAAUGUAAUAUUAUGCCAUGUAAAGUUGUUUUUUGGUUUGGUU